GACAGGAGUACGUAGAAUGCAACGUCUACUGAAAAAGCGCUUCCCAAACACAUAAUUGAAUUUCUAGUACCUAUCGGUGAACUAAACUAACAUGGCCAGCGUUAUUCAGCCCCAUUCCGGUAAUGUCACGGCAUAACUAACUAACUGACUUUUGUUUUUGGAAACACGAAGACGAGCUUUUUGCGGAAAUGUCAGCUAAAAUGGAAACGGAAGAUGGGGUCGAUUGUCCUCAAUUCCACACCGAAACCAUUGUGAAGGAAGAGCUGAUUCUUGAGGAUGAGCUGCCAAACGAGAGCGAAGAAAUAACCAUCAAAAAUGAACCACUGGAGGAGGCGGAGGAUGAACCCGUUGAGCAGUUUUACGUCACGGGAGAAUCCGCCUUGAGAUGUGACAAAUGCAGUAGGAACUUUACCACACAGCGCGCGUAUAAUGAGCACAUGCUGAGGCACCGGAACAUCGACAGCAAGCGAUAUAUGUGCGAGCCCUGCCAGAAAGUUUUUGGUAACUGGAGCGAGUUGGACCGACACCAGCAAAUGCACGAGGGCAAGCUGGAGUUGCAGUACAAGUGCAACUUCCCGUCGUGCGAUACGGUGUGCAAAAACAAGAAGAGCUUCGAGAAGCAUUUAUCAGCGCACAGGAAAGAACAAAGACAGGAUAAAAAGCGACAUCGGUGCGACAAGUGUGACCAGAUCUUCGAUAAACGAAUGUCCUUGAAAAGACACUGGAAGCUCAAGACUUGCGACUCGACGCCGAUAGCCGUGGAGGAGGAAGACGGCACCUUCAAAUGUCCCACGUGCAGCAAAACGUUUUCCCAGCAGCACCUGAUUGACCAACACAUCCGAACGCAUCAGGGUACGCAUAAUACAAGGACACGAGCGACGUUCCAGUGUGAAACUUGUGGAUUGUAUGUUGCCAGCAAAAAGGAGCUCGUGCAGCACGCCGCCAGCAAGCAUGGCCAGGUCAAAUCCGAUCCGGUAGAACUCGGUGAAAGUGACGAGCAAGGCCUUUUCGUGUGUACCGAGUGCACAAAAACAUUCACGCAACGUGAUGGGUUGAUGCGCCACCUUCGCAGACACGAAGUGUUAAACAGUGGCUCGUUCCAGUGUAAAGUUUGCGGAAAGUGCUUUGCCCGAAAAGCCGAGUUGAUGAAACACUCGGUUGAGAAACACGACGAGGAGCUAAUCGUGCCAAAGCCCGAAAGGCCGGAAAUGGACGCCAGUGGGCGCUUCAAAUGUACUCGAUGUGAGAAAACAUUUGAACUCCGCCACUCGUGCGUGGCACAUAUCCGUAAACACAAAAUUAAGGACAGUGGACGGUAUCAGUGCAAAAAAUGUCUGAUGUGUUUCGUAAAACCAGAGGAACUGGUACGUCAUGAACGUGUUGCUACAACUCAGACAGCAAGUUUAUGUACCAAAAAUGUCAAGUCGCUUCAACUAAACAAAACGAAACUCGCCAGGAAAACAGACAAAGCGAGGGACAAAGAGCAUCACGCGAUAGAAGAAAAUGGAUUAUUUAUUUGCUCGACGUGCGGCAAAACGUUCCUGAAGCGUAGGUGCUGUCUGGCCCACAUUCGGAAGCAUGUCCACAUGGAGCAGGAAAGGUUCAAGUGUAAAACGUGUGGAAUGAACUUUGGCACAAACAAGGAGAUUCGUAGACAUACAGCCCUGAAGCAUGGCCAAGAGCAAGGCGCCAGUGCGAGCGUUGAUAAACCGCAAAAAAUAAAAAAAGAAUAAAAAUCAUUUAAUAAUGGCGGACAAAAAAA